AGAAAAUGAAAACAUAUCGAAAGCAAACAUAUACAUACAAAAUUCAUUGAUUUUGUCAACGUAAAACACACAGCGCAUAGGAAUCCAAGGCACACGGCGAUUCGAAUUGGAUUCCCCAAGUGAACUUCAAUCGAAUUGGAAACGGUGGGGCAUCGCAAAGUGCAGCGGCGAUGCGAACGGACUAAAGUUUGGAAGCCCCAAAGCGAAGGCUUUUACUUGGGCCGCUGUCCAAUCAGAACACUGCUCCCAAUCAGAAGUGGGCAGGGGGCGGGGGUGGCGCUCGACCGAAAAAUCCGGAUACGGUGGGAAGCAGCCAAAAACAUUGGAAUAAAUAAAAAACAAAGCCCGGGGAAGCGAAUGUGAAAGCGGUAAUGGGAAAAUGACCAGGACACCACUAAAGCCACAGAUCACGGAUGAUCACUAACUGAUACGGCCUUAAAAUGCCCCGGAACACUUGCAGGCCAAGUGAGUGUGCAGCUAGCCAGGAUGAGCCGGAGCCAAAUGCGAAUAGUAACAAUAAUAAUAAUAACAACAACAACAAUACGGGCAACAACAACGAGGGCAUCAUCAAGCAGGAACUGGAGGCGGCUCCACCGGUCUGCCACCGGAAAUCGGAACGCCGGAGAGUGGCCCGGGAUAUCUUCCUGGUGUUCGAGGAGCAGACCACCCGUCGCCGGGGGAAGGGAGCCAAGGGCAAAUCGACGCGGGCCAAGCAAAAGUUUGGACACCUCAAGGUGGCCAAUACGCCGCGCAUCAAUAAGAAUGUGCUGCGCGAAAUCAAAACGGAACCAAAGUGCAGCCCGGAAGCCGUUGUCCCGGCUGCUGCUGCUAUCCCAUCCAUCGCACCCAUUCCCGCACUGAAUCACCCAGUUACCGCUCAGCCAUCACCGCUGUAUCCCCUCCCAUUGCCGGAGGAGCAACAGGACCAACAUGAGCAACAACAGCCAGCCAAAAGUCUGCCGCGUGCGGCAUCCGUUAAAUUGGAAACCAAAACAACAGUCACAUCCACAGCCACUGCAUCGAAUGUGGCGGCCACGAAGCGCAUCAGUCCCAAGCCCAAGGCUCUACCCGUUUUGGAGGAGAAGGUGGUGCCCACCACCACUCCCGCUGCAGCUGCUCUGCCAAUUCCACAGCCCGUUGCACCCGCACCCGCCUCCUCGCCGACGACGCCCAGCGUCAAUCCGAUCUUCCUGUGGGUCAAACAGGACGACACGCGCAUCGUGGAGGUGCGCUGCGAGGACUACGACAAGCGGAACCGGAUACGCCUCACCAAGACGACGAACGGCUGGCGAUCGAUGCCGCGCACCGAUGCUUCCUCAACUAGGAUAGUCAAAUUCUUCCACGGCUCCGCCGCCCCACUGAUGAAGGUCAAGCGCGAACAGCAUCUGCAGCGUUUGGAGGAGGAGGAGGUGGAGCAGCAGCAUCAGCAGCACUCGGAGCAUCAGCAGCUGGAUCAUCACGCCGAGGAUCAUGAGGAUCGAGAGGAGCCACACAGAGAGCAGCAGUUGCCCUCCAUUGGGCAGAAUCUGCUGCAGGAUUGGGAGGACAGUGCCACGCAAUUGCCAGAUGAUAUCGAGGAGGAGGAGGAGGAGGAGCCGGAGCAGGCACAGGAGCAUGAAACUGAGCCUGCAGCACAACAGAAUGGCCACCUGACCACCGUGCUCGAGGAUGUGGUGGUGCUGCCGCCUGUCCAAGAGCCGGAGACGACGGAGGAGGCCACGCCUUGUUUCGAUGGACUGCUGGACAGCGAGGAGACGAAUGCCUCGACCAAGGCCACCAAGACCAACACGCCCACAUAUCAGAGCUCGACGCCCUCGCCGCUGCAGAUGCAGCUGUGUCCCAAGACGGGUCUGUUCCUGGCCAAGGGCGAUUUCCCACUGGUCCAGCUGCCCGACGAGGAUGUCCUGCCGGAGGAGGAGGAGGAGGAGGAGGAGUUGGACGACAAGCCGCUGGCCGCCGGCGAUCAUGUCGAGUGCUUCGAUGCGAAUACCAAGAAUCUGAAGGAUCUGCUGGACGACGCCGAUGAUCUGCUGCAGAAUUGCAGCAGCGACAAUGGCAGCAACGGUGCCGAUCUGCUCGACUCGCUGGUCAAGCGAAGCUGCGAGGACAAUCUCGUCCAGGAGAGCAGCACUGGCAGCGGGAACAACCAGCAGAAUACCACCACCACCUCCACCGGCGACGAGCUGAGCUCCUUCUGUGUGCCCGAUCUCGACAAGGACCUGCCGCGAAUUCUCAGCAUGGACAGCGACGAUGCCCCCAAGUGUUUGUCCUUCAACGAGGCGGGUGAAAUCGAGGGCUUGAAUGGAGAGCUAUUCCUGGGCAUCGAGGCCUUCGAGAAGCAACAGGAGGCGGUGGCCACCGAGCCGGAACCCCAGCCACCCACUCCGGCCACCGUGGAACUCACCCAAACACCAACGCCCACUCCCACGCCGGAAAAGGAGAAGGAGAAGCCUUCUGGCGGGGACGAGACGCCCAAGGAUUUGAGCUACAAGAAGCGCGAGGAGGUGUGUCCACCCUCGGAAUCGCGUAGCCAGUGUGCUGUCACCUCCAGUUCGGAUAUACUCAAGUCCCCGGAACGGGAUCUCCAGCUGCCGGCCAACUCCAUACCUGCCGAGGUGGAAACCACCUCGGAGACCAUUAAAAAUCUCAUCCUAGAGCAGUUCCUCAAGCUGAACAACAAUCCCCAGCAGGCGGAGCCCAUGGAUCUGGGCAAAGCCGGACGCGACGGGAAACUCGAAACGGUCGUCAUCGAUGACGAGGAGGAGGAGGAGUCCAGUCAGCCGCUGAAGAAGCGACCCAAGGCCAGCAUCAAGAUGGACAAGGAUCCCGAUGCCCUCACCCAGCUGAAGAUGCUGAUCAGCAAUCCGCAGUGGAAGGUCCCAGACCCGAUACUCGUGCCAAAGGAUCGUUUGGGUGCCGUGUUGGCCUCGCCGGCGCGGGAGAUUCCCCUGCUGCUGACCACCCGGCCGGAGUUGCGUCUUCCCGAGGCCUUCGCCUAUCCGGAGAUCAUCCAGAAUCCCAAUAUUCUCGUGGUGACCAUGGAGCAGCUGGAGGCCAUCCUCAAAACAGAGUCGGAGCAGGCGGCCAAGGCAGCGAAAGAUCCGGAUCCGGUGAUCGUGGUGCCCAGCAAGCCGCGGAGUCCCAGUCCCAAGCAGACGCUGCCGAAACCGGUGCAAGCUCAACCCAAACCUCCGGUGGUUCCUCCCGUGGCGCCCACUCCUCCCUCGCCGGCGGAUUCGAGUCUCUCCACGGAUCUGAAUGCCACCACGCUGGCGCUGCUCCAGCAGAUGCUGUGGCUGCCGUACUUUGGCCAGCUGUCUCAGGAGUUCUUCAAGACCAUCAAGGAUCCGUUGGGCUUGCAGCGGAAGUUCAUGAGCAACCUGCUGCCGCUGUACAACAGCCAGUUUGGAUUGCAGCACCUGGACGAGCUGUACAAGCAUUGCAUAAAGCAGAAGCCGACGGAGGAGCAGCAAUCCCAGCAGCAGCAGCAGCAGCCCAAGGUACCCACUCCAGUGCCACCUGCAGCGGCAGCUCCUCCUCCUGCGGCUCCUGCUCCAGUUCCCCAAAGUCCAGCCGGCGGUUCGAAUGCCUUUAAUGGCUUCACCAAUCCCGUGGAGCUGGCUCUCAUGCAGAAGCUGCUGCAGCCGCAAUUGCCGCAGUUCCUCAAUUGGGACGCGGCCAAGGAGGCGUCAUCGUCAUCCUCGUCCACCGCCGCCCCAUCACAUCAUCAUCACCAGGAGCACAAGCGACCAAGGCGGGAACCUCAGGAAACGGAGGCCAUCGCGAACUUCACCAAAACCAAGACAGCAGCCGGUGCUUCGAAUACAACUGCUGCUCCAUCCACCGCAGCUCCAGUGGCUCCGGUGGCCACCACUGCUGCUCCAGCGACGCCGGCGCCGGCGGAGCACAAACCCAGACUGACCAUCAAAUCGCUCUCGAAUCUGCUCGAACCGGAGGCGAACGUGGUACCCCUGCUCAACGUGCCCUUCGACGGAAUGCGAGGGCGUCCCAAUGCCCUCUCCAUGCACAAGUCGGCGUCCGAUCAUCAGGUGAAGGGCGGCGACACGGGAACCGGACACGGACGCACCCUGCGCUCCAGCAAGGCCUGCGUCACCUACAACCCGUUGGAGCAGGCCAAGCAGCAGAUGCACCCUGCCGCCGGAUCGCAGCAGCAGCGGAAGCGGGGCAACAUGCUCGCCCAGGAUGUCCAGCAGCAACAGCAGCAGCAGCAUCUGGCGGAGACCGCCGCAGCGGGAAUGGAUGCCAACUCAGCGCUAUGGCAUCCGCUCUUCGGAAGCAAUCCAAAGCAGGGCUACAACAGCCCCUGGCAAUGGACCACGGUGACGGCCUCAGGUGAAUGACAGUCAAGCCGGGCUCACAAGGAGCCAGCACCUGCGACGGGAACAAGGACGGCCAGCUACGAGGAGCAGCAGCAGCAACAACAGCAGCAGCAGCAGGACUAUAGCAACUACCAUGCCUCGGCCAAGCAGCAGCAGCAGCAGCAACAGCAACAGCAAACACAUCUUCCAGUAGCCAACAAUCAAAAUCACAGCAACAGUAGUAGCAAUAAAUUUUGUUAUCCAACGGCGGCGGCCAUGGAGAAUAUGUUCCAGAACAAUCAGAUGGCGGCCGCCGCCGCCGCACGUGAAUCGCUGCUGAAUUCCUAUCUGUAUCAGAAAGAGGGCGAUGCCAGCAACUACAUGACGGAGCAGAGCUACUGGCAGCAGCAACAGCAGCAGCAGCAGCAUCAACAGCAGCAACAUCAGCACCAACAACAACAGCAGCAACAUCAACAACAGCAACAUCAACAGCAGCAGCAGCAGCAACACAAGCAACUCCAGCAGCAACAGCAACAGUGGAGCGGCAACAAUGGCAGCAACAACCAAAGGAGCAAUAACUAUGCCAACAACUAUGCGGCGGCAGCAGCCGCCUCCAUGUACAUGCAACACUUCAAUCCCUACAUGCAACAGAAGGCGGCGCUGCUGGCGGAGAAGGCCGCACAGGCGGCGGCAGCAGCGGCGGCGGUCCAAAACAGCAACGGGGGCAACAAGCACGGUCGCUUCGGCGGCGACUACGGCUAGGAUCCGCCGGGAUCACGGUGCAACUAAACCGGAUCGAAAUCACUUGCAUAUUAACAUAAACAUAUAGGCAUAUACAUAUAACACAUAUGUGUAAUAAUAACUAUAUAUUUAGAGGCA